AUGCCUUCCCCACGACGGAUGCGCCUCCUCAUGGUGGCCGUCGUCAUCACCGUCGUCGUCAUGCUCUUCUACAGCUCCGGCAUGGAGCCGGAAACCGACGUCAGUUUCAAGGGCUUCUACGAGAAAACAAAAGAGGCCAUGGAGCGAGGGACGGCGCGCGGGCAGCCCGUCAUAAACGCCAAGACGGGCGAGAAGGCGGGCCACAUACCCGCCGACAGAGACGGCGACGGCGACAUUGACAGCGACGACAAGGUCGCCGCACAGGAGCUUCAGGAGCGGCUGCAGGCUGUUGCGCAGGAGGCAAAGGACAAGGCGAACGAGAAGAGCCCCAAACCCGACAUCCCCAGCAAGAUCAUUGGCGUGGGCAGCUCGGCCGAGGGGCAGGAGAAGAAGGGCCAGUCCGAGGGGAAAGAAGAGACAAAGGAGGAGCACGAAGCCGAGGUGGAGAUUAACAGCAUCCUGAAGAAGUCGCCCGUCAUCAUCUUCUCCAAGAGCUACUGCCCGUAUUCGAAGCGCGCCAAGGGCAUCCUCCUGGAAAAGUACACAAUCACUCCAGAGCCCUUUGUCGUCGAGCUGGACGAGCACCCGCUCGGUCCCCAUCUGCAAGACUACCUCCUCAAGAAGACGGGGCGCAGGACGGUGCCCAACAUCUUGAUCAACGGAGUCAGCAUUGGCGGUGCCGACGACAUUGUUGCGCUGGAUAACGAGGACAAGCUCGUGGCCAAGGUGCGCGAUCUGGGCCAGGCUCGCGUGGAGAUCUCACAGCGGUUCACCCCUGGCGAGCAUCAGUGA